AUGGGGGAUUUCAAUCAAAUAUUGUCUGCUGAUGAACACUAUUCGGUGAUUCCUUAUACUCUCCUGUUGCCAGGGAUGUCUGAGUUCAGAGGUUGCUUGGAGGAUAAUGAACUGUCGGACAUGCCUAGUAGGGAAACUCUCUUCAUGUGGUUUAAUGGUCAACACGAUGAUCCUAUAAUGAGGAAACUCGAUUGGGCAGUAGUGAAUGAUGUGUGGUGCAGUAAGUUUCCAGAGGCAGUUGCCAUAUUUGAGUCUCCAGGAGACUCGGAUCACUCUCCGUGUUUAGUCCACACCUCAUCGGUGGUACAGCACACGAAAAAACCUUUCAAGUAUUUUUCCUUCCUCUCUACUCACACACAGUUUCAAAGCAGAAUUAAGGAGGCUUGGCAGAGAGAGGUUUGUGCCGGCUCCAAACUGUAUACCCUUGGUCAGAGGUUGAAGAUCACUCGUCUUGCAUGUAGGAGGCUGAAUAGAGAGGGUUUUGGUAAUAUACAACAAAGAACCAAAGAAGCUUUGGAGCACCUAGAGCAGGUUCAGGCGAUUCUUAUGUCUACUCCAUCAGAUGAAAACUUUAGGCAAGAGUGGUACAAAGAUGGUGAUGCCAACACGUUUUUCUUCCACAGGACGAUGAUAGCUAACCAAGGAAAGAACUGCAUCAAGUUUCUAAGGGGAGCGGAUGAGGAUCUGAUUCAUAAUGCGGACCAAAUCAAGGACAUGAUCCUGGCGUAUUAUCAGGGGCCCCUAGGAAUUGUAAAUGAUGAACUGGAACCUAUGUCUAUAGAGGAGAUCAAGGAUCUUACUUCUUUUAGAUGUGGAACAUCUUUGGGCAACCAGCUGCUACAAGUUCCUACACCUGAGGAUAUCAGAAGGACAAUUGCGUCAAUGCCAAAAAUAAGGCACCGGGUCCUGACGGGUUCCCAGUCGAGUUCCUAUGGGAAGCCUGGGACGAAGUGGGAGCUCUAG